AUGGAACAGUUUCUAUGGUAUUGGGUACAGAAUUUGUUAUGGAAAAUUGCUAUGGAAUUUGCUAUGAAAAGUUGUUAUGGAAUUGGCUAUGGAAAAAUCGCUACAGAAUUUGCUACGGAAAAAUCAUUAUGGAAUUCGCUACGGAAACAUUGCUACGUCAACAUAAAAAACCGGCGAACAUCUUAUGUUUCUUCCCCCAUAAUCGGACACAUUUUCCCCAAUUGCAUAAGUCGACAUCCUCUAGAAACCCUAGCUCCCCCUCUCGAUCUCACGGUCUCCUUGAACUUGCAAUCCGUUCAAUCUGGUGUUGGUCAUGAAACGUAACAAGGCUCAGAUUUGAGGCGCUACUGGUCAAGAAAUUAUGGUAAUACUUCCUGAACAUUUAGACUGUAAUAAGCAUUAUGUCAUGUGAUAAAAAACAAUAACCAACAAAUAAACAAGGAAUCUAACGGGAAAUUUAAAAAGGGAAAAGAGGCUUCAAUUUCACUAAAAUGGAAAUGUAGAUACAAUGAAAAAAAUCAGAGAAGAUAACCUAAUGGUUAACCUUCCCGUCUAAUUCAAAGAAGAUAACAUGAUGGUUCAUCUUCCUGCCCAAGCUAUUGCUAUCCGAUUCCUUCUAACCAAAAAUACAGAAGAUAUUCCCAAUUACUACCAAGACUCUUAUUUACACUUAGCUAAGGAGUUUCUAGAAUGGGGUGUAAAACAGUAAAUAAUAAAUAUUCCAAAUAAGUCCCUCCAUCUUUGCCCUUAUAUUUAUAUAGGACUCAUUCUCUAUCAUCAUGUUUUUGUUCUCAUUUAAUUUGUGUUAUACAAUCUUUGUUUGAGAAAGAGGUACUUGUGUCAUGUUUGUGUAUGUGUGGUGCUUGGCUGUGUUUGAUGUGUACAUGUGCAAUGGUCAGGUGACUUUCAUAUGUCUGAUGUGUAAGUCUUAUGAUAUAGCAACAUACUCACAUUUGUUGUUGUUUACAAAAAUCUGAGUAAGCUACAGAUGGCUGAUUUCCCAUGUUUCAUCUUUCACUUACUUAUAUGCUUGUCAAACACUUUGUUGUAUAUACUGCUAAUUCAUUAAAUGCGACACAUUCAUAGGCCCUUUGUAAAGGGUAUUUUAGGUAGACAGAUGGAAUGAACAAAGGAGAAUGCCCCUAAUAAUAACCCACAUGACAAAAAGUCUAAAGUUAAACCGUCGGAAAUGUAUAUAUCAC